AACGUCAUGUCAUAUCAUGUGGCCGAGUUUGCCGAGUGUAUGCAAGUUGUGGUUCGCUCCUGUGCUUCUAGUCACUGGGUAAUUUAAUAAUUUCACGCACCGGAGUGAAAAUUUCACCGAUUUCUGAAUGAUAAUGUGCGCGAAAUACGGCUGGCUUCUCGCUGCCGUUCAUUUAUUUGUGCUUACUAGCGGUGAUGAGCUGCUAGGCUGCGGCGGCUUCCUGAAGAGCCAUGUACAAAUCGACUUUUCCAAAGUUCUAAUUAAAUUAGUUACCAAGCAAGGCGUUGUGAAAGACCAGACAAAUUGUGCUCCCAAAACUGGGUAUUACUUCAUUCCACUUUAUGAUAAGGGAGAUUAUUCAUUACAGUUGGAACCGCCUCCAGGCUGGAGUUUCACACCAAAUAAGAUAGACAUCUCAGUUGAUGGCAAAUCAGACUUGUGCUCCAAAGGAAAAGACAUUAAUUUUGUCUUCAAAGGCUUCGGUAUUGCCGGAAAAGUGCUGAGUCAUGGCAGCAGUAUUGGUCCAGCCGGCAUUAAAGUGAAGUUAAUCUCCGAAAACGAAGUCAGAGAUACUCUCACUGAUAACAAGGGUGUCUUUGUUUUCACUCCAGUUUAUCCUGGCGAGCAUACAAUUGUUGCAAGUCACGAAAAAUGGAAAUUUGUAAAUGAUAAAGUUUCCAUUACUGUUAAAGAGGGUAACACCAACUUACAAGAUGGCGUACUUUCCGUAGCAGGUUAUGAUGUCAGGGGCUACGUCAAAAUAGACGGCGCUGCUGUCGCUGGUGCCAAAGUUUUGCUAUUUUCACAGACUCCUGAUGCUAAAGUAGAACAGUGCCAAACAUCCAUCCCUACGGGCUACAAAGGUGCCAAACCCACGUGUCACGUGGUGACCGACAAAGAUGGCGUUUUUCUGUUUCCUACCGUUUCCACUGGGAAAUAUAAACUGGUACCUUACAUGGAACAACCCGUCCAUUUCGAACCCACUAGCAUUGAGUUCGAAGUACAACUUGACUCGGUAAAAUUAAACAAAGACUUCAAUAUUGUUGGUUUAACCGCGACUGGAUACGUAAAAGUAGGCGAUAAGCCGCUAGGUGGCGUUACUGUUACACUAGAUGACAAACAAACUUUUGUUACGAAAGCUGACGGAUCGUUUAAAGUAGAAAAAGUGAAGCCUGGCCAACAUACUUUGAAAGCACAAGCUGAAGACUACGAAUUUGGUACUGUAGCGUUUAAAUUGUCACCAACAUCGAGUGUAUUCCCAACGAUUACGCCGACAGCGUUUAAAGUAUGCGGCGCUGUCAUCAGCGACAAAAUGGAGGGACAUUCUGUAUUAAUGACUAAAAUGGGAUCAACUACCCAUUUAGAAGUGCAGUCUGAUGGGGCAACUGGCGAGUUUUGUGAGUUUUUGUCGAAGGGACGGUAUCAAGUACAAGUGAAUGUUCAAGACAAAGCAUUACAAUUUUUCCCUCUAAUGCAAACUAUUGAAGUAAACGCUCCACUUUCAAACAUUAUCUUCUCGCAAUUGAAAGUAACCGUCAGUGGAACCGUGAAUUGCAUCAAUCAGGAAGACUGUAAACGACUUAAAGUCAUUUUGCGUCCAGUAGACAAAGCGGAUGAAAUGAUCGCCAAUGUGAUUGAUGGAAAAUACACCGUUUCGGAUAUCCGGCCUGGUGAAUACAGAAUUACACUGUCUUCAAAUCGUCUUUGUUGGCAAGCCAAUGAACACACCGCGCAAGUAUCCAACGCCACGUGGACUGCGCCUGCGUUUAUUAACACUGGAUACGCCAUUGCUUUUAUUUCCACGCAUGAUACAUCCGUCAUUUAUGAUGGUAAAACAAUUCAAAUCCCUAAAGGUACUUCACAACACUGCGUCCCACAACCUGGCAACUAUAAAUUCAAACUUGACAGUUGCCAUAAAUAUGAAUCGGAUGUAGUGGACUACAAAACAACUCAAGAUAUCAACGAAAUUGUCCUCACAGCGUUAAAACACAAGGUGACACUUGAUAUCGACGCCAAAGAGAAUUUAGGCGAUCUUAUAAUUGAGGCUAACAUUGAUAACGUUAAAACUCUGCAUGAUAAAUUGAAGUAUAACGCUGCGAAGAAGACGUAUAGUUUGGAAUUGUAUCUGAAUCCAAGUGACAAAGUGAUUUUAACACCACAAUCCGAUACGGUAUUCUACAAUCCGCCGGUAUUGUCUGUUAAUGGAGAAGAAGACUGCGUUAAUUUAGGUGGUAGAUUUUUCGCAAAGAAGGGAAAAGUUUUCAAGGGGCGUGUUACGCCUGCGUUGAAAGGCGUGGUUAUUACCGUCACAGGCGGAGCGUUGACUUUGACAGAGGAGACUGAUGCAGAGGGCAAAUACAAAUUUCCUCCGCUAGAUGAUGCGGAGACUUAUGAAGUUACCGCGACGAAAGAUUCGUAUAUUUUGGACGGUCCCAAUGCUUCCGGUGAUUUUUCCGCUAAGAAAUUAGCUGAGAUUAUUGUUGAAGUGGUUGACAAAGACACCAAGGCGCCAUUACAGGGGGCGCUGCUGUCGUUAUCCGGAGCUGAAAGUUACAGAAGUAACAUGCAAACUGACGAACAAGGAGUAAUCAUCUUUGGUAGUUUAUCACCGAGUGAAUAUUUCUUAAAACCGAUGAUGAAAGAGUAUUCAUUUGAACCUGCAUCGAAAAGUAUCAAUGUUUUAAACGGCGCUACUGAGAAAGUUGUUUUAAGAGGUAAACGAGUGGCUCACAGCGCUUAUGGUCAAGUUGUAACCCUUGCCAGCACGCCAGAAAACAUGGUCGUUGUCGCUAGCGGUAUUAAUAAUUGCACGGAACUUGCCGAAGAAGCAACGACUGACCAUCUGGGUAACUUCCGUAUUCGUGGUUUGAUUCCCUACUGCGCUUAUCGUAUCACUGUCAAAGCAUCUUUACAAGAAAACGAUGUGAUUGAACGUGUCCUUCCUCAUGCCAUCACUAUUGAUAAAGUUACUGAAGAUUUGACUGAUCUCCGCCUUAUCGUCUUCCGACCUGCGAGUAACGUUGACGUCUACGUUAAAGUUUUCACCGCCAACGUUGACCACUACCGCAGUCUACGAUUGAAAAUCACCCGCGAAUCAGCUCCAGCUGGGCUCGUUCAUAACCUUAAAGUCGACACGUAUAAAGUCGCUGCUGAUAAUAAUAUCGGCAUCAUGUUAUCCACACCUUCUAUUCCUUUAGACGGGAAAGUCUACUCCAUACAAUUGGAGUCCUCUAAUAGCGGUUUAUUGGGUAAAUCGACUGUAAAGUCAUUCACUGCGGAUACAAGUUAUAAAUUUGUUGAGGUAGAGUUUACUGCGCAUACUCACGUGGCUGAGCAGCAGAUUAAACAGGUGUCCACAUCGACGUUAGUCUUUGUUUUCGGACUUAUGUUAGCCGCGUAUAAUGUUGACAAAAUCGUCGAUUUUCUAAAAAAUAACUUUAAUCUUCAAAGUCCGAUGGCUUUGACAAAAGUAAAGACUGCAACGCCUGAGCAUCACUUAGCCGAUGCAGAAAUUGAGAAAAUCGUGGAGAAUAUCAAUGCUCCCAAGAAGAAAGUUAAGUCAAAGCGGGUUUAAGUAAGUAGUAUUAGUAUUUAGAAGACUUUAUGUUCAUUUUUUAUUGUUGCCAUCGAAUUGCAAUGGAAUUAAAACGGAAAAAUCUAUUACAA